AUGUCGCUGCCCUUGGCGACGUUGAGGGAGCUCCAGAAGCUCGCAGCACUCAAAGCAAAGGGCGUGACCCUUGAACGACAGUACGAGGUGAUCAAGAAACAUGUGAGGGAGGGCAACUCCCUCUCGAGCGAAGACUGGGAGGCCUUCGAUUUGGCGUGGGACCUGGGGAGUAGCGGCGUGUUCUCGGAAGAAGAGUGGACCACGCAGAUUGAUGGAGACAUCUUGGGCAUCAGCAACAGCGCUCGCCCUACACUGUCUUCAGACCACGCUGCCGCGUCGUCCGCAUCCGGAAAGCGGUCAGCAGCAGUAGCAGCUCCGGCGGCGCGCGGGGCCCAGAAUCGAGGAAAAAGACAACGAGAGGACGCCAGCAAAGGCUCGCUGAACAUCUACAACUCGUUCGCAUUAGGCAGCGGGGAACCGGUGAGCCCCUGCAACUCUGCAAACUCUGCGAUGACUGUCGACGGUUCAGGCGAUGGCCGAAUCACCUUGGAGGGUCUGGACAAGCCGUACACCUUCGCGGGCGAUGGUGACUCUAGCGACGACGAGGGAUCUUCCGAGACUAGCAACGAUGGGUGCGGGGGUGGGGAUGACCAGACGGUUGAGGGCGAGGGGGACCACAGCGGCGAGAGAGUGGAGGACGGCGAUUCUAGCGACGAAGACACUCGUGAGACGGCCAGUGGCCAGAUGGCCGAGCUGAGUCUUGUGGACGACGACGACAGCAUGGAAUCGGACGACGAGAUUCACGCUAUGGAGAUUCCGGAUGGGUUUCGCGAAUUCAAGCAUUUCAUCGGCAGCUCUUGA